AAAUCCCGACCUUCCCACCGACACUUCCUUACACAUACACACAUGCAUGUGAACCAGUCUCAGCCUUGUCAAAUUUCUGAGCCACACAAACUGACUGACAGCUCUUGGGCCAAACUGACGGUUGAUUGGCUGCAAGCUGCAUUUGCCCCACCUCAGCCUUUUGCUUGUCAAUUACGAAUCCUAGUCCCCUCCAUUCUCAAUUCAGCCGGCGCAGCGAAAUCACUAAGAAUCGCGUUCGACGCGACGGCAACUGCGCAUGUGGUUAACUUUGCCAUCUACGCUGCGGCAGCAUAUUCGAGCGACAUGUAGAUGGCCGUCUCUCCAUCGAGACAUCUCAUCAAGAACACGACAAUACAAUGCGACUGCCAGCAACCACUGCCUAGGUCGCUUCACCCGCCGUCACGAUGCCGACAGCUCAGCAUCCCCAGGCAAAGUUCGACCCUAUCCCGCCGGAUCUCGAUUUGCCCACGCUCGUUGACAGAACACCAAACUUUCAAUGGGUAGCUCGUAUCACGGCUGCUCAGAUUCAAAAUAUCGGUCCUCAAGAGUUUGAGAAGCUUGUUGUUCUUCAUGUGGUACUUGGUGGGAAGCCACUGGUUAUUGAGAAAUGGAACAGGCGACUUCCCAAGGACCUUUUUGGUCCCAAGUGGUUGGAGGAGAUGUACAAUAAGAAACAGGAAAACGUUCGCGACAUUGUCGGUCAAUGCGACAUUCCCAUGACCACUGGUCACUACCUGCGCUCCAUGAAACAGUUGACAAAUCAGUGGACGCCCGAGAACUUUCGCGACGAACGACGACAGCGACUCUACCUAAAAGACAUCGACUGCCCACCAGAAUGGCACGAGUACCUUCAAAAGAAGGUCAUUCCACCCAACCUCUUUUACAUGAACGAGAACGUCGACGAACGGAGUCCUAUGGGGCAAAGUGACGACGACUUUGACAUGUUCAACGAAGGCACCAAGUCCGUUGCGCCGGCAGGAGAUUUGAUGAGCAGCUUGCCCGAGUCGAUGCGCGCCCAGAAUCUGAUGUGUUACAUUGGUCAUGAGGGUACCUACACCCCGGCGCAUCGAGAAAUGUGCGCCAGUUUGGGUCAGAAUAUCAUGGUGGAUGCUUCAGGCGAUGAAAAUGGCGAGAAGCCCGGAAGCUCCAUUUGGUUCAUGACGGAAUCAAAAGACCGCGAAGUUGUCAGGGAAUACUUCCUGUCGAUGCUUGGUCAUGACAUUGAAAUCGAGAAGCACUUUGCGCAAAUCAACGCUUGGAAGAAGGCCACCUUUCCGGUUUAUAUCGUGGAGCAGAAAGUUGGAGACUUCGUUCUCGUGCCCCCCUUAGCGCCCCAUCAAGUAUGGAAUCGUGGGACCCGGACCAUCAAAGUUGCCUGGAACAGGACGACCGUUGAGACACUCAAGAUGGCCCUGGAGGAAGCGCUACCGAAAGCCCGUCUUGUCUGCCGCGAUGAGCAGUACAAGAACAAGGCCAUUAUCUACUAUACUCUCGAAAAAUACUCGAAACUAUUGACGGACAUGGAAAGGACGUCUGAGACUGGGUUGCUUGGGUUCGGGCAAGACUUGAUCAAGAACUCGUCUCGCACGAAGCAGUUGACUGGCGACUUCAAGGCUCUCUUUGAGCUCUUCACCCGAGUCCUGGUAGACGAGAUAUUCGGGACGAAAGAAAAGGAAGUCGAGUAUAUCGAAUUUGACUCCUGCGUCACCUGCUCCUACUGCCGCGCCAACAUCUUCAACCGGUUCCUGACCUGCAAGCAUUGUGUUCGCCAGCUUGUUGGUGGUGACGAGGAUACUUAUGAUAUCUGCAUGGAGUGCUACGUCAUGGGCCGGUCAUGCCUAUGUAUUUCCAACCUCACUUGGUGUGAGCAGUGGCACUGGCAGGAUUUGGUUGAGAAAUACGAGGACUGGCGCGCGCUCAUUAUUAAACAUGACGGAUAUGUCGAUAUCAACACCUCCCCGUUGCCGCUCGAGCUUGCACGCAAGCGAUACGGCAAGAAGACGGUUGCUCAGCUUUGUCAAGAACAACUCCGGAGACGCCCAUGGAAAGAUAUCAGCAAGGUUGACAAGCCAGAGGAACCUGCUGAGGACUCGGAGGUUGAAGUAGACGAAAAUGGUCAACCAAAAAAGAAGAGAAGGGGCGGGAGGAAAGCGAAAAAGGGCGACGUCUAUCGCUGCCAUGUGUGCCAACACAAGGACUACACCUACAAGUUGGCCUUCUGCUCCAACCAGGGCUGCAAUGACGCAUAUUGCUAUGGUGUCCUCUACCGAGCAUUUGACCAGAUGCCACAGGAAGUAAUGCAGAAUGAGAGAUGGCAGUGCCCAAAGUGUCUCGGCAUAUGCAACUGCGGUGCCUGCCGCAAGGCCAAGAACGGUGUUCCCUAUAUUCCUAAGAAGACACUCUUAGGACACGACACUCGGCCCAUCGCUGACGAUCGUAGUGUCGAGCUUCUUAUCGACUUCAAGAUCCACAACCUGUCGUGGUUGAAGAACGCUGGCGAUGAGACGCGAGCUCUGUCGAGCAAAAGGAUGCAGAGACUCAGAGAGGCUGCCGAUGCUGAAAAAGCAAAGUCGUCCCAGCUCGAGAACGAUGUGCUACAGUUACCUGAUGGAGCUUUGGCUGACAGCCUGGAAGAGGCGGCAUUACAGCAGGCUUUGGUCAACGGUGGUUAUGGCGAACAGCCUGCGGUGCUUGGUGUUUCAGGGGAACAUCCGCCACAUCAAAAUGGACAUACCGGACCUGCCGAGGUCGCCGACAUGUCUAUUGUUGAGGACCAGUCUACCUACCCUGAUCCUUCAGGAGUUGGACGCGAACGCGGCUUGGGCAUGGGCUACUACGAGCAGGACGACAGCGAGGACAGGAUUCUGUUCGACCCCUAUCAGCAACCUUCAGUCGAGAGCUUGAUGGCGCUCGACGACGAGCCCGAGCCGGCCGAAUAUCUCAAGAAGCAGCUUCGCGUGGCCAAGCGUCGUGCUCGUUUGGAGGAGGACGAUGACCCGGAUUUUAGAGGACCUAGGUCACACAGCAAGAAGAAGGCCAAGACGACUAAUACCCGUGAUGGUCAAGCGGAUGCACUUAACAACAUGGACCCGGCUCUGUUUGGUGAUGUCACCAUGGUUGGCGCCCGGGCUGACGGCACUCCUACCGAAGGGGAAGCUCCUGCUGUUCAAGCUCCACCGAAUGCCGAUGUUCCAGAUGGCCCAGCCCAGGAGGGAGAAGAGCCUCGUGCCUACUCGCCGAAUCGGCCUGCUCUUCGCCACGCGCGACCCAAGAUAUCAUACUUGGUGGAUGAGAAUGGCGAGGAGGAGUUCAACGAGAUUCUCAUUCCGCGUUCGCAGAGGUCUCCACCUCUCAAGGACUAUAACCCUGCCGAUGCGACCAAGGAUCCUCUUGAUCUUGCGUCCGCGGCGAUUUUGGCGAUUGCGGGCGGUACCGCCGGUGCUAGUAAGUCCGCUACUAAAUCUCCUGCUCCACCUGGUUCUGGAAAUGCCGCUGUAACUGGAACUGGUAAGAGACGUGGUCGGCCUCCGGGUCCUCGCAAGUCUAUGCCAGCAGGAGGGUCGGCUGAGCAGACGCCUUCUGGGCGACCGAAGCCCACCAGGAAACCGCCACGUGAUCGGACAUUGCCUGUUCAGGUCAGCGAUGAUAGUGAUAGUGACGUGGAUGCACAACUGGCUGGGGCUUUGGAUGGGUUUGUUGAAGACGGAGAACCCAUCGAGUCACGACCUCAGUCUCGGGGAGGUUUCACGCCUGUGAAUGCGCCCAAGAGAAGGGGCAGACCGCCAAAGAAUGCGCAGCGAGGCCCUUCAGCUGGUGCUUCGGGUCCUGCUGCAGGAUCACCGUUCAUGUCCAUGGCGGAUCGGAUGAAGGCUAAGGGCAAGAAGUUCAAGAUCGCGUCAAGGAAGUCGAAGGCUGCGCAGGAGAGCACACCGGCUGGGCAAGCUGCUUCCCGGUCUGUCUCCCGUGAUGUCGACACCCCUACAACGACCACGGCGGACAAGGAACCCGAGAGGCCAACGAGAGCCACAAGGGGCAGAUCCAAGGCAACACCAGCUCAAGAUUUUGAUAUCGAUAUGGCGGACGCAGACUUUGAUCCGAACGCGGCUGAAGAGGCCGUGUCGGAGGCUUCGAGCCCUCGAGCCAGCCCUAGCCCCUCGAUGCAGGAGUACAUGGAGUCUAUGGAUACGUUUAUGCCUAGCCCGUCUCCAGUUCGGGAUUUGCCUAGGGAGCCGACAGUUAUUUUGAAGACGCAGACACCAGAGCCGAAGAGAGAACCUACACCUACCCAUGAUGUUUCGCCUUCGCCUUCACCAUCUCCCGCUAGAGAAGCGUCUCCUACACCGGCGCACUCCCCACCACACGAACCCUCACCGUCACCGUACUAUUCCCCUUCGCCGCCGCCUCCACUACCGAAGCCAACAGGUCCGACGAUCGUCAGGCUCGUUUCCUCGGAUGAAGAGGGCUCCGAGUUUGACGAUCACGACCACGACGAUGGAAAUGAAUCACAGUCUGAAUCUCGGUCAGCGCCGGAGAGUGAAUCGGAAUCGGAGUCGGAGGAGCAACCAGGCAGAGGAAGGGAUCCGCUUGACCCGAGCGACAGUGAUGACUCGGAUUCAGAUGAUGAGGAUAUUCCUGCCGUGAAGCAGGUUGUUAGCACGGCGAUGAGGGGUGGGAGACGAGGGGGGAUGGUUGGUUUGACUGGGAGGGGAGCAGGGACAGCCGGAUCAGCUGGACGGGGCGGUGCCACUGCUGGACGGGGGAGAGGUCGUGGGAGGGGAAGACCGAGGGGACGGGGCCAUUACAAAUGGAGGGGUGAGGGUGGGAGGUGAAAAGGUGAUGGAUGGAGUUGUGAGAUACCCAUAUAUUGUGUUUUUUUUUUUUUUUUUUUUUUUGCGUUGGACUUGCAAGACACAAACUCUUAACUGAGAGUAAGUGCGAGCGAGUUAUUUGUCAUGGAUAUCUUGAGAUUGCGAUG